UAUACAAACACUCAUUGUAAUUUGAACGACUAACAUCUGGAAUAAUAUUUUGUAUAUUUAUCAAAUAUAAUUUUGUGUAAAAAUCAGUUUAAAUUAUUAUUAAAGACAUGCUGUAAACGAAACAUAAACGGUUUUUUAUUAAAAGAGAGGCCAUGCAGGUUUUCUCAUGGCUUACGUCUUUUACAACAUUCAUUCUCUUAUUGUACCAAGUACAGGGAGAUGGGAAUAUCGGUUGUUUAUUUAAUGAAAAUUUGUGUAUGGAAAAGGUGGAAUGGUGUUAUGAUGAUUUCUUGUUUGGACGUUGUUUACAAGCAACCGUAGAACCGGAUGAUUUAUAUCGUUUUGAAUAUUUAACAUCACAACAAUUAGAGAUUAUUGAAAAUGAAUUACGUGAACUGUUAAUUUGGAACUAUCAUUGGAGUCAUCCUUAUACGCAAUGUUUACUUCAGGCAAUAUUAUACGCUUUUAAAAAUAAUAUCCCUCAUGAUUUCAACAAUUGUCAUCGCUACAUAAAGCAAAAAGAUGUUGAAUUAUAUGCUGAAGAUGUGAAUGAUCCUUUAGCAGUUGUUAAAUUUAUGCCCAGUUUAUCCGAUCCAAGUGCUCCAUUUGCUGAUGAAAUAUAUUACCCUCCCACAAUUUAUGAUGAAAAUGAUGUAGAAAAUAUUCAAGCGGAUGGAGAAGAAGCAAAUUUUGAAGAUUCAAAUGACGUUAAUGACAUGGAUCCUUAUAAUUUACCAGCUUAUAAUAUUGAAAAGAAAUCUGCUGAAUAUUUUGAUGACGGAUUAGAAUUUCUACCAGCUAUGCAUCGUAGAUCAUCCGAUGUAGAUGAUUUGGGUGGAUUAAUCCCAAUUAAUGGCAAUGAACUACCUAUUAAAUAUGAUUUUGCGAAUGAAAAUUUUCGUAAACGUUUAUUAUACUAUUCAGAUCAAAAUGAAAAUGAACCAUAUUAUGAACCUUCAGAAAACCUUGAACCAUUUGAAACUGAAAAUUUAAACAACGUCCUAUAUAAGGUUUUAAACGAGUAUCCAUUACCCAAUCAAGACAAUGGUCAAUUAUUAAAAUCAGAAAAUUUACAAAAUCAACGACACAUCCUUCCAAACAAAUUGAACUUUGCAAGUCGUUUGGAAAGUAAUAAUAUUGAAAAACCUUAUCAACCAGAUGUGAUUGAACUAAUCCAAAAAGAUAUGAAUGCACCUAGAUAUUCUCAAUCUCAUAUUGACGAAAUUCCAGAGCCUCGUAUAUAUUAUGAUGAUUUAGAGUAUACUCACCCAGUUGAAGAUGAACCUGGAAGUGGAGAAAGUCAUAUACCUUCAAAAUUGUAUAAAAAAUUUGAUAAAAUACAAUCUAACCAAGAAAAUGAAGAAAAUUCAAAGCAAUUAAAUAGAAUAUUAACAGGUCAUUUAAACGAAGAUGAAAAUAUACCAUCUGGAAUUUAUACUGAAGGUGGGGUUGUAGUUAUGCCUAGUCCAAAAAAAUCAGGCACUAGAGAAUUAACUCAUAGUUGGGGUUUUACACGACAUGAACGAUAUGAUGUUAAGAAACCAGGUCCACCAUUUGAUGAUAAAACAUCGGAAGAUGAUUUAAAGCACCGUAAGCACGUAGACGCUGAAGGAAAAAAUGGGAAAAAGAAAAAAUCAUUAGAUGGUAGUUUUGAUGCUGAUUCAUUGACACACUCAUUAGCACAUCAUCAUUUUAAGUAUGAAGUAGAUGCUUCGUAUGCCUAUGUAAAUUUUAAGGAAGGAAUACGUAAAUGGCAUGAAGGGUUACGCAUAAUUGAAAAAUUGGAAAAGAUGUUGCACUUGGAUGAAGGCACUUUUACCAACAACAAAGUGGACACACAUCAAGUAACAUUUAAAGUAGAACCAAAUAACUUAGGCAUGAAUGCAUCGGAAGUCGCCGAAGCCAUAGGUAAUCUUAAAGAUAAAAUUAAAACUGAAAUUGGAGUGGAAGUCACCAAUGUUGGAAUAGGUUACAAGACAAAGCAACCAUUGGUAUGGAGCUCUCAAUGGUUGGAUAACGCUGAUCAGGAAGUAUUUGUUAGUAAAUUGUUGAUUGUAUGCGUCUUAGCAGCAUUGUUAAUGGCUUGCGUGACAUUGGGAAUAGUUUGGAGACAUGCAUCAUCCAGGCAAAAGAUACGAGACAUUAAUUCAACUGUGAAAGAUACUGAGGCUAGCAAAGAUUACCAAGAAUUAUGCAGAUCACGAAUGGCUACUAAAAUAUCUACGGGAACACCGCCAUGUCCUCAAACGCAAGUUGUAGAAAAAGCAGAGGGUGUACAUGGGCGUAUUACUUCUUUAUCAAGGGAAUCAGAUCAACAGAGUCCUUCGAGCCGCUCUAGUACAUCUUCUUGGAGUGAAGAACCUGUCCUUUCAAAUAUGGAUAUUUCAACUGGCCAUAUGGUUCUGUCUUAUAUGGAAGAUCAUUUAAAAAACAAAGAUAGACUUGAACAAGAAUGGGUCGCAUUGUGUGCAUAUGAAGCAGAACCGUGUGCAACUACAAUUUCACAGAAAAAGGAAAAUAUUGACAAAAAUCGGUAUCCUCAUGUUCUACCGUAUGAUCAUUCAAGGGUUGUUUUAAGUAGUCUAACAAAUUUCACCGAAUCUGAUUACAUCAAUGCUUCAACAAUUACUGAUCAUGAUCCAAGAAAUCCCGCUUACAUAGCAACACAAGGUCCAUUACCUAAUACUGCUGCUGAUUUUUGGCAAAUGGUUUGGGAACAAGGUUCUGUUGUAAUGGUUAUGUUAACACGUCUCACUGAAAAUGGAAAUGCAAUGUGCCAUAGAUAUUGGCCAGAAGAAGGCUCGGAAAUCUACCAUAUAUAUGAAGUGCAUUUAGUCAGUGAGCAUAUUUGGUGUGAUGAUUACUUAGUACGAAGUUUUUACCUAAAGAACAUGAAAACUGGCGAAACUCGUACAGUUACUCAAUUUCACUUUUUAUCAUGGCCUGAACUUGGAGUACCCACAUCUACAAAAGCUUUGUUAGAAUUCCGAAGAAAAGUGAAUAAAUCAUAUCGUGGACGAUCUUGUCCAAUUAUAGUACAUUGCAGUGAUGGCGCUGGACGUACAGGAACAUACUGUUUAAUCGAUAUGGUUUUAAAUCGAAUGUCAAAGGGUGCAAAAGAAAUUGAUAUUGCAGCAACAUUAGAACAUAUUCGAGAUCAAAGACCAGCAAUGGUUACAACUAAACAACAAUUUGAAUUCGUUUUAAUGGCUGUUGCUGAGGAAGUGCAUGCCAUAUUAAAAGCUUUGCCAGCCACUGUUGAAAAGCAGUAAAAUAAAUUUUAACCUUUUCUGUUUUUAGCUCAAGUUUAGUUUCUUAAAUGUCCAACAAACACAUAUAUCUACAUUAACUAAAUCUGUGCUUUGAAUUAUUUAAGCAUAUUCAAUUUUAUAUUUUAUGCUAAAAUAAUUCUCUAUAUUCAUUUUAAAAUUAAAACCAUAAAUGUAACAAUAUAAGAUUGUAUAUUUGAAUAAUUUCAUUGCACUCCAAUUACAUUCUGGUAAAUUUUCAAUCGAAAACUGUUUUAGGGAGGAGAACUAAAUAUAUAUAUAUUUGUAUGCAACAAAAAUUUCUCUAAAAU